AUGGGCUCCCUGCUUGAGUCCCAAGUAGGGCAGAAAAAACAUGGGCAGCCAUGGCCAGCAUGGCACCUCCAGGCCUCUAUCAGUCACCAGACAGUGGCCCUGCAGACCCUGAGGCUCUUGCAGCAGCAGAGGGACAGAAACGAGGGCCAGUCUUCCACCCAGCACGUGUCCACAGCCCCUAGGCAGGCCAGCCGGCGAGAGGACCAAGAGAAGGGCAAGGGCCCGGAGGAGGCCAAGCUGAGAGGUGAGGAGGUUUGCGUCCCCAAGACCCGGGACCCGGGUCAGUGCAAGCUGGCCCACGUGGCAGUGCACACUGUGCUGGCCCACCUCGUCGAGAUCACUUUGCAGCUUGUCCAGGUGGAGCAGACGAUCCUGAACCGCCUGCAUCAAGAACUGAACUUCCCCGUCUAUUUAAAAGAUAGUGUUGAGUUGAGAAACAUCUGCAGUCAUAUGGGCCAGCAACUGGAGGGACAGGCUUUUGACCAAGACUUGAAUGCAGCGUACCAGUGCCUGAAGACCGUCAUUGAGAAGCUGAUCCAUUCACUAGUGAGCCUCCCAGCUGAUGUCCCUGCAUUGGCCUGUAUUGCUCCGAGGCAGGUUCUCCAGAAUCUUCUGCAUCUGUGA